CGGGCUCGCACGCAACACACACUUGGAGGCGAAAAGACGCACGAAGGUCAGAGGCUCCUCGCUGAUUCUCUCUCUUUUCUCUCAGCGGCAGGAGAAAGAAAAAGUUUCCCGAAGGAGAGAGAGAGAGAAAGAAAGAACGAGUGACGCUCGGCCCGAGCAAGAGAAGACAAGAGAAUCCGCUUUGGCUUCAUUUCUUUCUGCGUCUUGGACACUAUUUUUCCAUUUUUACGCACCAGGCGCUCGCUGUGGGAAUCUCCUCAGUCUGAGUCCCAGGGUUUGUGGUGCCACACAGUGAGGAAGAGGAGGAAGAGGAAGAGGAACCGGACCAGGAAGGGGGUCAACAACUCACCAGGCAUGGCGGCGGUGUUGCCGAGGACUCUGGGGGAGCUGCAGCUCUACCGGAUCCUGCAGCGAGCGAACCUGCUCUACUACUACGAGGCCUUCAUCCAGCAGGGCGGCGACGACGUGCAGCAGCUGUGCGAGGCCGGCGAGGAGGAGUUCCUGGAGAUCAUGGCGCUCGUCGGCAUGGCCAGCAAGCCGCUGCACGUGCGUCGCCUGCAGAAGGCGCUGCGCGACUGGGUCACCAACCCGGCCAUCUUCAACCAGCCGCUCACCUCGCUGCCCGUCUGCAGCAUCCCCGUGUACAAGCUGCCCGAGGGCUCGCCCACGCUGCUCAACGCUCAGGACCGGGCCAACACCGCCAGCGUCAAGAUCCCCAAAGCCGUGGCCGCCGCCUGCUCAGACCCCGGGAAGCUGGAGGUGGCGCGGGACAAAGUGUCGGCCGGGUCGCCCCUGCAGGGCGGCAGCGAGGCGCGCUUCUGGUCGGGCCACAGCAACGACAGCGAGCACAGCCUGUCGCCAUCAGACCUGGGCUCGCCGUCCUCGCCCAGAGACGCCCUGGAGGCCCUGGACGCCGCCGCGGUCCAGUCGGUGCUGGAGUGUGUGGACAGGAUGGCCCCCGGACUUCCUAAAGCAGACCUGGCCGAGGUCAAAGAUCAACUGAAGAACAACAAAAAGUUAGCGAAGAUGAUCGGACACAUCUUCGAAAUGAGCGACGACGACCCGCGGAGGGAGGAGGAGAUUCGUAAGUACAGCGCCAUCUACGGACGCUUCGACUCGAAGAGGAGGGACGGCAAACACCUAACGCUGCACGAGCUGACGGUGAACGAGGCGGCGGCUCAGCUCUGUAUGAGGGACAUGGCUCUGCUGACACGUCGAGACGAGUUGUUCGGACUCGCCCGGCAGAUUUCCAGAGAGGUCACGUACAAAUACACCUACCGCACCAGCAAGUCUCGAUGUGGAGACCGGGACGAGCCGUCCCCCAAAAGGAUCAAAACAGAGGAGAACUUCUUCGACAUCCAGGAGGCGCUGCAGGCCAUCCACAUGCGGCAGGAGAUGCUGAGGGAGCAGCUGGCCUGCGCCAAGUUGAAAGGAGAGGAAACCGUCGGGAGGAAUCUGCAGAUUCAGCUGGAGCGUCUGCUGGCGCGGCAGAUGGAGAUCCUGCAGGACGCCGCCGUGCAGGAGCGACUCCAGGCUCUGGACUGGAGGAUCCCCCCCGCCGCUCUGAAGUACCUCAAUGACGUGCAACACACUAACGGGGCGGCGGCCGACGCCAGCAGAGACCACCAAGACGAACGUCCAAUCAACUUGCGGGUGGUGAGUCAAAGCAUGCAGGAAGGUGACCUCCCAUUGGGGAAGCAGCUAGCCAAUGAACUGAAGCGUCAUCACAACCACAACCACAACAACAACAACAACAACACAGACGAGACCAAAACACCAGCAACGGAAAACGGGACGUCGCAGCGGGCGCCCAGCAGCGCAGAAAAGAAGACCAUCAAGUCAGAGCCCGAAGACUCCACAUAGUGCCUCGCCCCCCCCUCCCACUAUACCCACUACCCAACUUGUACCCACUCCCAGUUCAUUCUACUCACACUUGACAGUAUGCAGUUACUACCCGUCAAUAGAUACUAAGCAAGCACAGCCACAGUAGAGCCUUAACAACCAAUGUUGCCUCAUGAAUAGCAUUUAUUUUUCCUUGAUUUCGUCUUUUUCGUUGUUUUAUUUUGAAAGGUAUUUGCCAAAGCCCCUGAGAGCAGGUUGGAGGACCCUUCAGCGCUCUGCAGGUCUUUGUGUGUAACUGUUCCAUCCACAUGUCCUGAGUGUUCUGACUCUUUACCUCUGCCUGGGUGUGUUUUCUGUUGCUUUCUGUGGACGCCGGGUCGCAGGCUGUGACGUCGGGGCUGAGUCUUAACUCCGGCGCAGAUUCAGACACGAGACAAAAGGCAGGAGUGUUGCUGCAGGACCACAGCACACUUCAAAAAUGUUUUAAGAGUCAAAUGUGUCCUCGUUAGAUCUUUAGCAAAACCAGCUUCGUUUCAAAUUGAAAUACGAGAACAUAUAUUGGAUUUGAUUGUUGGAUUCCAUGAUUCUCAGAGGACGAAUCCUGAACCUGAAGGUGACCCCCUUGGUUUCAAUUCAACCUGUAGGUCAGUGUUAAGUGUAGAAUUAUAUUCAUGGUUCCAGGGGUUUUGAGUCCAAUAUCUUUACAAGCAUCCCAUAGUGGGGAAAAGACUCUCUCAGGAUUAACUGCACAAAGUUAAAAUGUCUCCAUCAGGACGUCAAAACAUUUGUCUCCUGAAAACUUCUCCCGUCAGUCUCACCCGAACUUUGUCUUCGGUGCUGAGACUCAAAGUCUGUCGGAAACAGGGUGGAACUCAGCGACUUGUUUUCUGACACGACCGACUAUACAUGUGACUAAUAACUGAAUAUUUAUUGUAAAAAUAAAAAAGCAGACACCACAUGAUGAUAGUGGUCACGCAAUGUGUUCUAACUGUGAGAUUCCUAUUGGCUGCGGUGGCUGGUUUCACAAGCCAUUUCAAUACGAUAAGAUAAAGCUUGAGUCAGGAUUCAGCCCCUUCUGUGUCCUUCACUUCAAAUGGGGAAUCAGGAGGAGUGGGGUUAAUGAAUCCCCCCCCCCCCUCCUGGUUUGUGUUAUGUAUAUUUAUGGGGGGGUCAUUUCAGAGGAGGAUGUACAGGAGCUGUUGUGGAAGAACAGCUGAGGCAGGUCUGCCGGGCUGGUUUUGCCGCAGGCCGAGCUUAUCGGUUCAUUUCACUUUGUAAUUUAGCAAAACAUUUUGCUGUUGAACCAAAACCGUGCAUCGACGAGAACAGGGAUUAAUUCAGGAAUCAAGACGCCUGCGUGUGUGUUGGAGAAGAGAUCCGGUGAAAUCCUCUCAAUAUGAAAACUUUCAACGCGACACAAUAAAAUACUAAAGAUUGCAGGUUUUCAACAACAGCAGCAAAGAGUAAAACCCCUGUGUACUGCGUGUUGUGUAAAUAGUACCAUGAUAACGAGUAGUGUUAGCCUAAUCUCUCCACCAGGGGUUUCCUUCGUCCAGUGUAACUUUGCUGUAGAUUUUUCUCGGUGUCAAUACUGUGUUUAUGUAUGUGGAGCAAAAUCAAAAAAAAAGAAUUCCUAAGUGUCAUUGAGGAAAAAAAGUUUCUGGUAUAUAAAAAAAAAGAUGCUUUACAUGAUGGUAAUGUUGAUUAGCCUUAGCUCUUAACAGUUUUUAAUCCAUCAGUGCAGAUUUCAAAGAUGUGUUGUUGCUGUUUAGAGGUAGAUACAUAACAAAUAAGUGUUCUUCACUGUGUUUCUGUGUGUAAAUAUGUCUAUAAUGUCCCAGACGAUGAUAGCGUCCACUGGAUUUAGUCUCCCUGCAGAUAGUUUAGUCUCACUCAGCGUAAUGACACACCAAUGCAAUAUUUAUGUCAGUAAUAAGUCGGUUUGCAUAUUGUAUGGAUCCAUUGUUCUGUGCUCAGUAACUGUACGUCUGUCAUCCGGGUGGAGUUCACCUGCGACACGGGAACUUGUGUGUGUGUCGUUUGACUUUUAGUGCACGAGAGCACUGUGCUUGUGUUUGAAGACGUUGUGCUCUUUUCACAAAAAAACUCCAUGAGCUGGUUUUGUUUCGAGCAGCAACGACGACACGAGCCUGACGAGGAUCGGAGGCUGUGAUCCGCCCGUGAGGAAAAGAAAAAUAAUCUGUGGCUAAAAUCACAAGUGGAUUCUGGGAGAUGAAGCCACUGUGGUUUGGGAGUGGAAGGAAUCGAACACUGGCCGUCGGUGUCGUACGAUGCUCGGCCCGUGUCUGACCUGCGUCUCACUGAUCACCCUCCUCCUCACUGUUUAUUGUAAAGUGAUAGAUUAGGCUUCACCUAGUUAUGCACCUGUUUUUUAAACACUAAUAUAUUUUAUUUGUUAUACAGCACAUGAACAUUAAACUUUAUUUUUUUGAA